GCAACGGUCCAUUCACAUGUAAAUGAGGCAGGAUAUAUGGAGGCCUCGAGCAGCCGCAUUGUGACGUCACAAAGAGAUCUGGGGAACGUUCUAUCUGUACAGUCACAUGGAUCGGGGGGAAAGACAGAUGAGGAAACCUUUGGUGGAGAAGAGGAGAAGGGCACGGAUCAAUGAAAGCCUGCAUGACCUCCGGGGCAUUCUGGCCGAUACAGAGUUUCAAACAAAAAUGGAGAAUGCUGAAGUUCUGGAGUUGACUGUGAAAAGGGUAAAGCGGAUCCUCCAUAACAGGACAGCUGAGGCUGAUCGGUUACAGAGGGAGGCCAGUGAACGUUUUGCUGCGGGAUACAUCCAAUGCAUGCAUGAAGUUCACACUUUUGUGUCCAGCUGCCCAGGCAUUGAUGCUAGCCUUGCUGCUGAGCUGCUCAAUCACCUGCUGGAGUCCAUGCCGUUGAGUGAAGGGAAUCUGCAGGAUCUGGUCCUGGAUGUGCUACUUGAUUCUGGAGCUCCUGAGACUGGAUGUGGCCUAGGCAUGUCUUCUGAAGACAGCUGCUCUGAUACAGAAGAAGCAGAAGUUGGCAAAGGUGGUCUUGCAUCUGUACAGGACAGUGACAGAACACCAGAGAUUAAACCCCCUACCUCUACAGUGUGGAGACCGUGGUGACAUUGAGAGGCACAGAUUAGCAUGUAGAACCAUGCUAUGAAAUUAAAAUAUUGUCUGCCCACCCAUGUUGCAUACAUUACAAUCACAGUGGAUUCAACAGCCUUACACAUUUGGAUGCCCAAUGCCAUAAGUUGACCUGUUGAAAUGCGCUGCUCCAACAAUCCCCACCACACAAGAUCCUGGAGAAUCAUCUUACUGGAUUACUGCAGGACUCUAUAAACAUACUCUCGCACAAUGCUGUUUGUUUCAAAGAUGGAAAUUCUGGUUUUAAAUUUUUUACAUUGUUUUAUGGUGCAGCGUGUCUGAAUAUCAUUGUACAGAUGCUAUUCAUUCUGCUGUGUGGCAUGUUCACGACAUUUGUACCCUUGCUUGCAUGGUGCAGAUCUGUCCCCUGCCCAAACUCCAGUAUCAUUGAGACUGCUCCAUUUCAUGUAUGAAGCAGGCUUGUUUAUCAAAGUCCUCCAGGAAUCGCUGAUAGGAUAAGGCUAUCUUUUCUUUGCAGUGGUGUCAAUGUUACUAUCUCCUGUAACUAAGCAAGGUUAUCCUGACCUGUCAUAAAUUAUAUGUGGUUAAUGGGGGGGUACAGUGUGGUCUUGAGAUCACUGAACACCCAGUGAAGGCACAUUAAGUCCUAAGCUGCCAGAGGAUGAUUUCCUUAUCAGGAAAAAUGGAGAACGACCUAGUUAAAUGGAUGCAUGGUGUGUGUGUAUAUAUAGGGGAUGUGAUAUUUAGUCUUAUCAGGCUGCAUACACAUAGUGAUAAUAGUGCAUUGACAUUUUCAUCCCUAAAAGGGAUGUCUAGAGUUUAGGUAAUUUUGAGGUUCUACCUUCAGUGAAGGAGGCUGUAGAAGUUUGUUUGGAUACCGAUUUGAAGGGUGCUAUAGGAUACUUUUCUGAAUUUACAGAAUUUUUUUGUAUAUUAGUUAAAUUGUUGUGGCGUGUUCCUCUUUUUUUGUGUUUUUUGUAUAUAGAUGAAUGUUUUAACACUGUUGGGAGCUGGUGCCUAGGUCCUCGUGAUGCACUUGUACCACGUCAUAAAUACAUUGUCUCCAUUGUGUGCAUCCCUCUGGCAAGCACUUAUUGUCUUUCUCAGACUUUUGAUCCCAGAACAUUUUUUUUAUACUAAAACAUACUAGUGUAUGUCAAAUCUACUGUGCAUUAUUUACUGAUUAAAUAAAUGAAUGCUCUUUUUGGGAAAUCUGUUA